GGGUUUUUAACAUCAAAUUCAAUUAAAUUUUUUAUUUAAGGAUGUAGGCCCCUAUUACAAUUUGAAAAAAAGGAUUGAUUUUUGGUGGCGUAAUGCAGAAUUUAAGGGUCCUCCCCCGGAUCCAGACCGCGCUAAUUCUUCAGACGUCACUGUUUAUCACCAAGAGCUGGACAUAGAGGAACAGAAGAUCCUGCGUCCAGAACUGAACCUUGUGUAAAAAAAUAAAAUACCGGCGUAUAUGGACCAAACUUUAUCCCGCACACAAGCUAUUAUUAGGCCUAGAUACCGGGCGGCGCGGCUGCACUGGCGCUGCGAUGGCAUCGAUAUGGCCGGUAAUUCACGCCGGGCGCGCAGGCAGCCGCGACGUGCAGCACACGCUUGCGCUUAACUUCAGGCCAAGACAAGUUAUAAACAGCAGCUUCUAUUAUUGUUGUGUUCAUUUUCUCUUCAAUACGGUAUAUAUUGAAAAGCAGUUUUCAUUACAAAUUAUUUUAGACUAGAGGUGAAAGUUGGACACUCACCGUACGUACACUGUUACCAGAGAACCCAGAGAUCAGACGUAGCCAAGAUAAAGUCCAGCCAGAAUUUGGUUUAGAUUUCAGUGUGGACGACAGUGCCAUAGUCCCAUACGGUUUAGAGAUUCCACCUCGUUAUACAAUCAUGCAGUAUCCAACACCAGGAGACAACUUCCCGGACUACACUUCAUCUGAUUGGGAAGGAAGGUCAUCCGAUGCUGCUGACACGAGCAACGAUAGCAACCUUGGCUUUGGCAUGGACCUUGACAACUCUGGUGUGACCUUCAAAAUAACAUCAGAUGGCCCAACUGACAAUAGAGAUGAAGACAUGCCUGCUAAGCCUCUGCAGAAGCCUAAGCCUCCCAGACCUCCACCUCCGCGUAAACCCAGACUAGAUCCAUCCUCAUCAAAGAUGGAGAAAGUAACCGACCUUGUGGUGCAGAAAGUACGCUGGUUGUACAGAGAAGAGAAAAAAUGGGUUCCUUUCAUUGGUUAUGACUCGUGCCAGAUGGAAUGGAAGUACAGGCAGGCUAAGCAACAAUUGAAGCAGAAUGAAGAGGGAAUGGAUGUUGAUAUUGAGACUGUUGCUGUCAGAGGGGGACUUUAUGAAGUGGACAUAGUGAGGAGAAAAUGUCAUGCUAUCUACUGGUCUGAUGACACUGUGGAUGUGAUGAGAGGAACAUGGUUUUAUUCUAGUGGCACAGAACCCAUUGAAGAAGGAAUGGCUAAUGAUAUUGAGAAGGAACACCUUGACUUGUUUUCUAGAGAUGAUGCUCCUGAGCCCCCUCUCCAACCAACCAAAGGAACUCAGAAAGCGAUGCAUGAAUUGUGCUUCAAAGACUGUCAUGUUGACUGGUACUCCAAAGAUGCUGUAUAUUUCUAUAGUAACUCUACAAGUUCAAGAAUUGCAAGGUCCAUAGGAAACACGCUUGGAUUUUCUAAAGCAUCUACAAGUGGGUAUAAGUUAAUGCGUGGAUACCCAACCCCAGCCAGCCUUGAUGACAAGCCCCCUCCCAUCUCUCAUCUUGUCUUUGUUGUCCAUGGAGUAGGGUAUGUGACAGACAAGAAAGCCAUCAUAAAGAACUGCUCAGACCUUAGAAAAUCAGCCACCAAAGCCAUAGGAAAACACCUGCCAGACCUUGUCUCCCCUGCAUCUACCCAUCGUGUGGAGUUCCUACCAGUAGAAUGGAGAUCAAGCCUAAGGCUUGAUAAUGGUAUGGUCUCAGCCAUUACCCCUCACAAGGUGAAAGGCCUCAGGGUUGUGCUCAACAGCACAGGCAUGGAUGUGCUUUAUUACUCUAGCCCCCUCUACAGAUCAGAAAUUAUACAGUGUGUGCAAGCAGAGGUGAACAAUCUGUACGAGAGAUUCCGGCAGCGUAAUGAGGGGUUUGAGCCUAACGGGGGCAAGGUGUCCAUAUUCUCUCACUCCUUAGGAAGUGUCAUCAUGUAUGACAUCAUCACUGGUUGGAAUCCCAUCCACCUCUAUGAUCAGUACCUAUCACACGAGCAGAGUCCACACCCAGACCUUAAUGCGAUAUCUCCUGAUCAUCAUGAUCUAGUGGAAGAACUUCAUCAAGCUAGAAUAAGAGUAUCUAGUCUGGAGAAGCAGCUUCUUGCUACGAACCAGAUUGCUGCAGCUAUCAAUAGACCAAAGCUUAACUUCAAGGUGGAGAAUUACUUCUGUGUUGGUUCUCCCUUAGCUGUGUUUCUUGCCUUACGUGGAGUGCGCCCCCAAGGGAAUGGAUCAAUCUCUCACAUCAUACCUAAAGCUGUGUGCAGUAGACUAUUCAACCUAUACUACCCAAGUGACCCUGUGGCAUACAGGCUGGAGCCUCUGAUACUGCGUCACUACAGCACCAUCUGCCCUCUUCAGAUCCAUCGCUUUGAGGGUAAGCAGGUACCCUACCACACUCUGAAAACCACUGCCCUGCCAGUAGCUCUUAAAACCAGUGAAGAGAUGAAAGGCAUUCAAGAAUCAGAUACUGAGACAUCAGAAGAGAGGACUUCACCUGGAUCGUCUACUUCAUCCUCACCGCAACAUCUACCAAAGGGGCAAACUGGAGCAUUUACUGGAAUGAAAGCUUGGUUUUCAAAGACGUCUGAGAAGUCUCCCGAGCUAGAGGCCCUGGAGGACAUGGAGAGAGCUAUACUAAGGAUAGAAAACAUGGCAGAUAGCAAUGAUAAGGUAGAGGAGGAUGAAAUGGAGAGUGUGGAAUUGGAGCACAGAGUUGAUUUUGAAUUAAGAGAGAGUAACCUAGGAAGUUCCUAUCUUUCAGCACUCACCUCUCACACAUCAUACUGGACUGCAACUGAUGUGGGUCUCUUUGUUGUCUCUCAAUUAUUCCCGGAUUAUGCCUUCUCAGAGUAGACAUAAGCAUUGCUGAGUACAGAAGGUCAGACUAACCAUGAGGAGAUUUUUUUUUCACUCUGGCAGGAUUUGAAGUCCAUAGCAGCGGUGACAGCAGUCGAUAUUCAAUGGUCAAUAUUUCAAUCCGAAGAAAAUGAUAUCAAGUAUAAUAUGAAUAAGAUGAUAUAAAAGCGCAGUUGAGUGUAUGCACAUAGUAACUGCACUAUAUUAUUAGUAUUAUAAAAAAGAUGUGUACUUAAAACUGAAAUUUCUUCUUUGCACAAUUAAGAAAUUUAAGUGAUAACCUCAUGAGACUUUAACAUUUGCAUGGCUAAAGACUUCUCCAGACUUCAUCUGUUUUUUCAGGCCAGAGAUGAGGUUGUAUCUCUAGCAGAUUGACAAUCCACGAGAAAAUGAUUAUACAUUGCAAGUAUAUGUUGGAUGUUUUCUCUCAAAAGUACUCUUGGACUGUUAAUCUAUCAGUGGAGAUUGAAUAAGACAAAGUUUCUUGAUUGUGUGAAAUUAAAAUCUGCCUUUAGAAUUAAGCCUAUGAGAUGAGCUUCUUUAAGGCUUUGUAUAUUGUGCAAUAAUUGAUUCAAUAAUUUAAAAUCAAAAUUGAAGUUGAUUGUAGGCUUGAUAAUCCUUUACCUUUGUUUAUCCAAUGAAUUGGUGGUAGGAUUUUGCAAUGAUGAGCCUGAUCAGAAAUAUUUCACUGCUGCAAAAAAUAUCUGAGAUUGAACAAUUUCUUGUACUUUUAAUUACAUCAGUUGGAGCUCAACAAUCAAUUUUGAUGGGGGAACAGAGAGAAGAAGUAAAAGAGAUAAAGUAAAUAAUGCAUUGACUUUAUCUUUAGAGAGACCCGACCCGACAGCUUUUACAAUUCAAUUAGUGUAUUGCAGAAAGGGACAGCCUGUAAAAGUAUUGUCAUGAUUCUGAUGUUGGCUUACUUGAGAUCCAUGACACUCAAAUUAGUUGUUUGUGGUAGUUUUAGUACCUCUACACAGCAUAGUAAGGUUAAAAUUGUUUCAAUAUGAAUUGAUUAAAUGCAUUGCCUUUUCAGUUCACAAGAUUGUCUAAAUUAUCAUGUCAAACAAUGUGUGUGUAUGUUUAGCAGCAUUCAUAACAAACAUCAACAGUAUUCGCAUUAGGCAGAACAAGAGCUUUAAAAAAGGAAUUUUGUUAAUUUUAUGAAAACUUGGGAAGUAGUUUUGUUGUUUUUCUUUCAUGUUAGAUUAACUGAUUUUUUUUCUGACAGCUUUUGAACAUUGUAAAUUUUCAUUACCUGAAAUGAAAAAAAAAAUGGUAUCUUUUUCAUAAGGAUUAAUCUCAUCUUCAAAUUUAAAACUUAUUGAAAAUGUGUAGAAUCAUAAUAUUUAUGAUUUCUAAAACUAUCCACUUAUUCUGAUACACCCUUUCAUGAAUUCAUCUUCGAGUGUAAAUCCAAUUUCAUAAAACUUAUUAUAAUAACAAAUUUGCAAUAACAAAUAAAAGCUAAUGAAAUCAUUCAAUCUGAUUGGCUGAUACAAAAAAUUUCAUUAUAGAAAUUGUCAAUUUGCUAUUAUAACAAGUCCUCAUAAAAUGGGACCCAGAAUGAAUAAAGCUCGGAAUAAUGCGGUUGAAGAAUUGCAUUCAUGAAUUUAGAAAAAGUGUGCAUUCAUUGUUUACGAGUGCAGGGAGGAAAGACUGCAACUUUUCUUCAUGGAGCAUCAGUGCAGUGUCUGCGCAUGGGAAUAAGACCUUCAACCACAGAUGAAGCUGCAUUUUUUCUAGAAUUCCAUUCGUGAAUUCAUGUAGAUAUAUAGACAUUCGAAUAAAUGAGUUGGGAGUCCGGAUCAAGUGCAGAUUGAGUCCUAAAAGCAGCAUUUAAAUAUUGUGGAAUUGUUCUUGUCCUUGGCCAUUCAUGAAUUGAAACAAGCCGCCUCCGUAUCCCCAUCCACAAAUUCAUCAAAGGGGUAAAUAUUACACAAGGGGAGUGUUCUAAUUCAUAUGUAGGCAAAUCCAUGCAGUGUGUACGUCCCACCCCCUAGUUGUGGGACCUACUUGAAAUAAUUUUUUUUUCUGUUCUCUCGUUCAUAUGAAAUGUUAUAAUGCUCCUGAAUUAUUAUGGCUUGAGGAAUUCACAGGGAGAAGUCAAAUUGGGAUGAGAUGGACAGAAAGGUUAAUUAUUGUAUGGAUAUGCCCAUUUCAAUAUUGUUGUUUACACAAAGGAAUUAUAUUAUGUUUGGAUGUUUUAUUGGCAAACUCAUUAAUUGAAAAGUUGUAUAUGUCCAUUAAAGGUGAUUUAAGUAUCAAUUUCGUUUGUGAUAUAUAUAUGCCAAAGCUUGCUUGCCUUUGAUUUAUGUGCUUCGUUCAAUUCAGAUUAGCUUAUUGCUUAUAUCAAAUUAUGCAAAUGUAUUAUGUGUUUUCAUGAUAAUGAAUGUUUGCUUGCGUUUAACUUUUUAUGCACUGAAAGUACUCAUUUGCCACUUAUAUUGUUACCAUAUGAAAAACUGAAUUAGUGAUUGACAAUGAGUAAUCCUUAUACUUGUAUCUUCUCUUGGUUAUUCCAUGAAAUGCAGUGUUUAUAUUCCCACAAGGAUUGUUGUACCAAAAUUACACGAAUGAAAUAAUGUAGAUCAUUCAUAAACUCUACAACAGGAUUGUAGAUGUAUUAGAUAUGUGUAUAUUGCUGAAAAAAAAUUUAUACUGAGAUAUUUUAUUUGAUUACUUAUAUGGCAAUGUUAUUUAAAAAUUAUUUAUAUAUUCUAUAAAAUUCAGGUUUGAAGGGUACUUGUCACCAUAUUUAUGGUAUUUUUUUCUGUCAGUUACUGCCUCUAAAUUUCUGGGUCUCACAUUCCACCUUAUAAUGCUAGGAACAUUUGUUAAUUUCUAGUUCGACCUUUUGUUGUUAGCGAUGGGUCGAUAUUCACACUGGCAUAGCAUCAAAGUGGAAGAAUGGUAUGUAGAAAAGUUUAACCUAGUGGUGAGUUACAUCUGUAUUUUAUAUUAUAAUCUAGUUAGCACACUUGUAUUAGCUUUGAUUGCAUUUAUCAUGACAACAGCUAGUCUCUAUUCAUCUAUAAGGUAUCCAAUUUCUCUUUUACUUUCUUUUGUAAAAACAAUAAAUUUGUAAUGUAAUUGUUGGUUUCAAAGGACAUUUCUGCACAUUUCAUGAAUUAUGUGAAAUAUGUUGGUGUGUAAUUCUAGAAGAAAAAAAAAUUAGCCUGAUGUUUAUAGAUGUCUUUCAUAAAAGAAUGGGUGAUUUCAGGUUCAGUGUUGGAAGCUUGUGUUGGCGCUGGGUUAAACCUAGCACCAGCCACAACACAAUAUACUUGAACUGAGAUGGGUGCUUUCCACAAUACUGUUGUGCUAUCAAUAGUCUGUUAUUGUUUUGUAGACCCAUGUUCAGUGUGAGUGAGAAUGACAGGCCUGGUUAUAGCUGGGAUAUGUCACCCAGUAAAAAGCUUUCAUUUUUGUACACCUGCAUUUGGUGUUGAAGUCUGGCGUUGAAGUUUGGCUUAAUAGAUCAUUCACAUUCUCAACACUAGCAUUAACACCAUCACUGAAAUCACCCAAUGUCUGUGUUGUGAUCUGUGCAGCUGAUGCUACUGAAGCUCUUUGAAACCAGACUGGUGCCCUAUAUUGUCAUGCACAUUUAGUGGCUUCUUAGCACUUGCAUUCACGCUUGUCAUUAUUAAAGUAUUAGAGUAAAAAGUGAAAAAUUUAUUUUACUUGGACUUAUCAGAACCAGACAGCCGUUUGUUAUUUCUUAGAUUUGUGGAUACAUGAUUUGACCAGUGUAUGCCAAACAGUGCAGCAUGAAAUGUGAUGGAACUCUUCUUUCUGACUUUAACUUGCUUUGAAGAAUUGUGGGAAUUUUUAGAGCUUAGAAUAGCAUGUAUUUAAGUUAAAUAUGCAAGUCAGCAUUGUCUGGAAGAAAUAAGCCAAAACUUCGAUGCACCUCAGAAAUAGCACAUUUUUUUUGUUUGGUCAGGGUCCUAAAGCUACGCACUACUCCAUUGCACAGCACAUGUAAUUUCAAUUGCAAAAUGUGCACUCGAGCUGUGUGUGGAGCUGUGGCUGCAGAGAGACGGACGAUUUCCAAAAGAAUUUUUCUACAACUACAGAGGCUGCAAUAAAUAAUUUAAUGCAGAGAAAACCAGCAACUGUUUGGAAUUUCAGAGUUGUUUUCACUUUAAUUUCAUAUUUUCCUACAAUAAUAUGAACAUUAUUUAGAAAUUUAAGCACCUUAGGAAAUACUAUAUCUUUGCAUGAUGAAUUGAGUGCAUAGCUUUAGGACCCCUUCUACAUCGGGCGGCGAAAUCAAAAGGUGUUGGGGAAAACACGGCAGGAUUUUCGUAUUACUGAGUUUUGUAAUAUUUUCUUCUUGGUAAAGUAUCUUCAGAAUAUUUACCAUGUGCAAAUCUGUGGAAGAUGAUUAUUCAAAAUAUUGAAAUUGGAAUAGUUAUCGUUUGUAACAAAGUGCAUACCUUUAGGUCCCCCCAUCAUACAAAUGUACUUGUUGCCUUUUUUUCUGUCAUUAUUGAAGUCCAUCUCCCACUGAGUGAUUAGUUGUGAUAAGAUUUGGCUAAUAAAUCAUUAAAAUUAGUUAAUUUACAUAAGAGUUGGCUCAUAUGCAUUAUUUAGCAUACACUGCUUCUUGUGCACUUUCUUGGGUUGCAGCUGGUCACUGUGUUAGGUGUGCUCUUAUUUAAGCAUUCCAUUCCUACAUAUAUGUAAGUGUAGUAGUAUUUAGGAGUAUUAUACAAUUAAUAUAAUUGACUUGUUAUAAUUUUGAUUAACAAAAUAUCAGCAAAAGUAAUCUUUCAUGUGUAUUUGUAUAUAAUUGGGAGAAAUGUAUAAUUGAUUAACAAAGUGUAUUUCUAUCUAUUUUUAUACUUUGUUGUAUUUAUUGAUCGGUUGCGUGAUACUGUUAAAGAACAUGCAUUUCUUCUUCCAACUACAUGUAUUUCUUGUCAUGAUACCUGUGCAAUUAUUACAGAACUUACAUUGUCUUAAUGUCUCUUAAAGCAAGCAUUGAUAAGCAAAGAAAUGUGUUACCAAAAAAAAAUUAUAUUGUAUUAGAAAUACUAAAAAAAAUCUGAACUUUUAGGAUAUCAGUUUGCAUAUGAUAUUAACCUGCAAUAUGAAAUGUGGUUUUCAGUACUGUACUUGCGUCAUCAGCUCUGAUGUUUAUUAAAAUCACUGCAAUA